UUUUAUAAGCCACUGAUGGGUCACAACCCACAGCUGCUGUGGAAAGGUCACCAGGGACUCGAGCAGGCCAGGCCUGCUUUUCCAGAGCGGGAUGGGACGGGCCCCACGGUGUCUGCCUCUGCCCUCGCUUCCCUCUCUGCCUGGGGCCCCAACCAGCUGAGUCCAAGGGGUCUGAAUGCUCACACCAAGCCUGAGACCGAACAUCCCUUUCCUGUCUCAGCUCCCCCUGGGCCCCUGUCUGGCUCCGGUGUCCACUUCCUCCCCGGGAGAGAUCUGUGGACUCACCGAGAGGGGAGGCUCCGUAAGGACAGCUGGAAGAGGAAGAUGCCGAGUACGGACCUUCUGAUGUUGAAGGCUUUUGAGCCCUACCUUGAGAUCUUGGAAGUAUAUUCCACAAAGGCCAAGAAUUAUGUAAAUGGACAUUGUACUAAGUAUGAGCCCUGGCAGCUGAUUGCCUGCAGUGUCGUGAGCACCCUGCUGAUAGUCUGGGUAUAUGGCUUCGUCUUCCAGCCAGAGAGUUUAUGGUCAAGGUUGAAAAAGAGAUGUUUUAAGCUCAUCAGGAAGAUGCCUAUUAUUGGUCGCAAGAUCCAAGAUAACUUGAACAAGACCAAGGAUGAUAUUAGCAAGAAUAUGUCGUUCCUGAAAGUGGACAAAGAAUACGUGAAAGCCCUGCCCGUUCAAGGUCUGAGCUCGUCGGCGGUUCUGGAGAAACUCAAGGAAUACAGCUCUAUGGAUGUCUUCUGGCAAGAAGGGAAGGCGUCCGGAGCUGUGUACAGUGGGGAGGAAGAGCUCACCGAACUCCUCGUGAAGGCUUACGGAAAUUUUGCGUGGAGUAAUCCAUUGCAUCCAGAUAUCUUCCCAGGACUGCGAAAGAUCGAGGCAGAGAUUGUAAGAAUAGCUUGUUCCCUGUUCAAUGGGGGACCGGAUUCCUGUGGAUGUGUGACCUCUGGGGGGACAGAAAGCAUACUGAUGGCCUGCAAAGCUUAUCGGGACCUGGCCUUUGCGAACGGCAUCAGAACUCCAGAAAUUGUGGCCCCCCAGAGUGCCCAUGCUGCAUUUGACAAAGCAGCCAAUUAUUUUGGGAUGAAGAUUAUACGGGUUCCACUGAACAAAAUGAUGGAGGUGGAUGUUCGGGCGAUGAGGAGAGCCAUCUCCAGGAACACUGCCAUGCUCGUCUGUUCUGCCCCCCAGUUUCCUCACGGUAUCCUAGAUCCUGUCCCUGAAGUGGCCAAGCUGGCUGUCAGAUACAAAAUACCUCUUCAUGUAGACGCUUGUCUGGGGGGCUUCCUCAUCGUCUUUAUGGAGAAAGCAGGAUACCCGCUGGAGCAGCCGUUUGAUUUCCGGGUGAAAGGCGUGACCAGCAUUUCAGCUGAUACCCACAAGUAUGGCUAUGCCCCCAAAGGCUCGUCCGUGGUGUUGUACAGUGACAAGAAGUACAGGAGCCAUCAGUUCUUCGUUGCUACCGAUUGGCAGGGUGGUAUCUACGCUUCCCCGACCAUCGCGGGCUCACGGCCUGGAGGCAUUAGCGCGGCCUGUUGGGCUGCCUUGAUGUACUUCGGUGAGAGUGGCUAUGUUGAAGCUACCAAACAGAUCAUCAAAACCACUCGCUUCCUCAAGUCAGAGCUGGAAAAUAUCAAAGGCAUCUUUGUUUUUGGGAAUCCUCAGUUGUCAGUCAUAGCUCUGGGCUCCCGAGAUUUUGACAUCUACCGACUGUUUAACCUGAUGACUGCCAAGGGAUGGAACCUGAACCACCUGCAGUUCCCACCCAGUAUUCAUUUCUGCAUCACGCUGGUACACACUCGGAAGCGAGUAGCCAUACAGUUCCUAAAGGACAUCCGGGAGUCUGUCACUCAGAUCAUGAAGAAUCCUAAAGCAAAGACCACAGGAAUGGGUGCGAUCUACGGCAUGGCCCAGACGACCGUCGACAGGAACCUGGUGGCAGAAUUGACCUCAGUCUUCUUGGACAGCCUUUUCAGCACUGACGCUGUAACUCCGAGCAGCCAGAUGAACGGUUCUUCGAAACCCCGCUGAGUCUGGACCCUCCGUUGCCCCGAGGGGCUCCUGGCCUUCAGAAGGUUCUGGGGGUGUGGAACAGGCCGCGCACAGUUCGAACAUCUGGUCUUGCUCCGUAGAUCACGACGAGAUGGACCACGAGACGGCUUGAUCCUCAGGAUUCUUGUUCCUCCUAUCAUCCUUUUGUGGUUUUGAAUGUGGAGAUCCCAAAGGAGUCCAUUACCUAAUUAUUUUGCCCUUGCUCUCAAAUGUUACCCUAGGAAUCGUUUUAGCCAUUUCCUUCUCUAACCUUCUAGCUUUCCACUUCACUUCAUCAUUGUGUGACAGCUCCGACCUGUCCUGAUUCCUUAGGGAGGCUGGGGUAUGGUUUAUGCGAUACGAGAGGGUUUUCUUUGUUCUCUCAGGCAGAUGGGCGAGGCAGCUCGGAAGCAUCCGUGUGACACGCGUCUCCCCGGGUGGUGUUAGGUGUACUCUAAGCAUGCGGCCUUCUCGGCCCUCCUCUUUGAGUAGGUGAGUCGUCCCUCUUAGAGUCGCUUUUAGCACACCUCACUUUAUUUUUCCAGGACACAGCUGGACAGGCCGCUGUUCCUGGUUUGCAGGAUUGGAGUGGCCAAGCAGAUCUGCUCAGUCUAUCAAGGCAGGCUCUGGAACGGCCCUCUUUCGUGCUCCAGUCCCUGGUCUGAUACUUGGUUGCUGCCGUCUUUGGAGAUACGUGUUUGAAGUCAUGCUCUCAUUGGUUUGCUAUUGUUCCCCUGGAUUAAGAAGAGAACGUGGUUUCUAGAGAACCCAGGACUUUCCGGCCCUCGUGCUGCCUGUCUGAAUUGGCAGUGUUCGGAGCACACCUGUACCCUCUCCCAGGCUGGUGAUGAUCGGAAACCAGGGCCCUUUCCCUGCGUCUCUGAGUGUCAGAGCAGGAUGAGUGCCCAGAGUCACAUCUCUGUCGCCAGAGUUGGUGGUCCUCCCCUCCCCACCCCCGACCGUUGUAAGCCAUCAUGUAGGAGUGUGUUCACUUGAAGGAACAGCUCAGAGCACCUUCACGAGUUGCCUUGACUUACCCUAGGUGGGUGCCAGUAGGGUGUGAGAGAGCCCCCACGGCAAGGAAAAUUUUCUCCCCAUUAGUGUGUUCGUCCUGCCUCUUUCCCUAUAUUCAUCUCGCAAAGGUACUAUGGCAGUUUAGCCUCAGGUACUGGACACUUCUCAGCCCUGGCUAGAAUGAGACAAACUUGUUAGGAUAGGAAAGCAUGACGGCAACCGUCAGUUGCGGCCUAGGGACUGGGAUUCCUUCCUAAGACUAGUUGCUCAGGGUGGUGCAGGGACAGGACCAAACCCUGUACCCACUUCCUACCCCCUUCUCCCUUGCAUGGGGCCCUGAGCUAGGUGGAGCCACUGUCUUCCUCUGAAGACGACAUAUUGUGUGCCUUUUUCCUCACAGUGAGCAGUGGUGGGCUAUUCCUGACCCAGGCCCUGGGGGAGGUGCAGCAGUCUUUGAGAUUUUUGUUUGGGUAGGGGAGUACUUUAGGAUGAGUCAGGAGAAAAUCUCCUCUGUUCCAUUACUCUUCUCAGGGACUCCUGAACCAUUCAGCCUCUUGAGGCUGGUAUCCUCUGGCCUCCCUCACUGGGAAUGCUGGCCAGGAGAGCCAAGACGACCAGACUUCCCCCGCCCCCAGGCCUUUAGCACCGUACUUCCUCCACAAUAACUGUGAUUAGCUGGCUGUGUCACUGCAGGGCUGGUGUGGUAUGUGUUCCUUCUGUCCAUUGUGGGUUCCAGGAGAGGUUGGGGCGUGUGUGUGUGUGUGUGUGUGUGUGUGUGUGUGUGUGUGUUAGAGGGAGAGGCUAGGAUCCUUUGGACCCGGGGGUCACGUUCCCUCCAGUUACCGAACUGGUGGGCACCCCCCCAAGAGAGGAGCUAUGUGCAAACUGUUUCUUGGGUCUCCGGUGCAUUCGUGGCGCUGGACAAACCACCCAGCAGGCACUGUGGUCUGUUAGCUGCUAAACUGGAGAAGCACAUGCCCUACAGAGCAAGCUGUUGCUUCCAGUGUCUGCAGGCCCCCCUCUUCCGUGACAGCACUGCUGCCCCGGGGGCAGUGGCAUUUUUUUAAAGGGACCUACUGUAGCCACUUUAUGAUCAUGAGCCUUAGUUUGACUCAACACUUGUGGGCUUUCCAUUCUCUGUGUAUCUGUGCACAUAGUAACACCUAGUCUGGCAGAGGUGGGCAGAAGUCUUCACGAUGUCAUGUUGCUAGCAGAUGUCACAUUGGCCUCUGCAAAAACCGUACUGUCUUGUUUCUACAUUAAGUACUCGCGUGGAUAUACUGCCGUGUCACUUUUAAUAUUACCAGUUUUAUACUUGGAAAAUGGUACUUGCCUCUUCUAAAUCUUUUCUGUAUUUAACCUCCUUCUUCCCAUCUCAGUGCUCCCUUCCUAACUGCAGCAAUAAUAUCUUAAAAAGCAAUUAAUUAAAUGUCCCAAAUCUUAA